CACGCACGCACGCACGCACGCAGGCUCAGCACUUCCGGCCGCGGCGGCCUUAGCGCCGGCCCGACGGGACCAGAGGGCCCGGUCUCCCGAGCGGCAUGCGGCGCUGAGGAGCGCGGACACCGCGGCGGCGUCAUGAACCUCCUCCCGUGUAACCCCCACGGCAACGGGCUGCUCUACGCCGGCUUCAACCAGGACCACGGAUGCUUUGCGUGUGGGAUGGAAAAUGGAUUCCGAGUCUAUAACACGGACCCACUAAAAGAAAAAGAGAAACAAGAAUUUCUAGAAGGAGGAGUUGGCCACGUUGAAAUGUUAUUUCGCUGCAACUAUUUAGCUUUAGUUGGUGGUGGAAAAAAGCCAAAGUACCCUCCCAACAAAGUGAUGAUCUGGGACGACCUGAAAAAGAAGACGGUUAUUGAAAUAGAAUUUUCUACAGAAGUCAAAGCAGUCAAAUUGCGGCGCGAUAGAAUCGUGGUUGUCUUGGACUCCAUGAUCAAGGUGUUCACGUUCACACACAACCCCCAUCAGCUGCACGUCUUUGAGACCUGUUAUAACCCUAAAGGCCUCUGUGUCCUGUGUCCCAAUAGCAACAACUCCCUCCUGGCCUUCCCUGGCACACACACGGGCCACGUGCAGCUCGUGGACCUGGCCAGCACAGAGAAGCCGCCUGUAGACAUUCCUGCGCACGAGGGCGUCCUGAGCUGCAUCGCACUCAACCUGCAGGGAACAAGAAUCGCGACCGCGUCCGAGAAAGGGACCCUUAUAAGAAUAUUUGAUACUUCAUCAGGGCAUUUAAUCCAGGAGCUACGGAGAGGAUCUCAAGCAGCGAAUAUUUACUGCAUCAACUUCAACCAGGACGCGUCCCUCAUCUGCGUGUCCAGCGAUCACGGCACCGUGCACAUUUUUGCAGCCGAAGAUCCAAAAAGGAACAAGCAGUCCAGCUUGGCGUCAGCCAGCUUCCUCCCCAAGUACUUCAGCUCCAAAUGGAGUUUCUCCAAGUUUCAGGUCCCCUCAGGCUCUCCGUGCAUUUGUGCCUUUGGAACAGAGCCCAACGCCGUCAUUGCGAUCUGCGCGGACGGCAGCUACUACAAAUUCCUCUUCAACCCCAAGGGAGAGUGCGUCCGGGACGUCUACGCUCAGUUCCUGGAAAUGACCGAUGACAAGCUGUGACCCCACCAGCGAGCGCAAGGAACCGCUGGCCGUCACCCCUCGGGCUCCUGGGGCUGGUGCCUGCGCCCUGUGGGCCACGGGCUGGAGGGACUCCCAGGGACCUUGGUCUCGAAGCCAUACGUGGUUGUCUGCUUUGCUCAGAAAGACUUCCCAUUUCCAGCAUUACAGAGAGAAUUGUCACCUAGACGCCGUAGAGAAUUGUCACCUAGACGCCGUAAUUGCUCAGCGCUCACGCCGCCUGCUGCCUGUCACCCAUCUGCCCACCCGCGGCUUUGGCUUCGGUGGCUCCACUGCACCCUCGCACUGCCGGGGGCUCCGUGCAGGCCUGGGGGCUGGGGUGAGAGGAUGGACCCACUGGGGUUUGUGUUUGCAACAGGUUCCAUCGCUUUUACCGCGUCUGCAGUGGGGAACGAACGCGUGUGUCAGUGUGGUUCUCGCGUUACGAGCAGAUUUAAACAGAACACCAGCAGCUUGCCUUAGAACGGAGAAGGGAACAACUCCUCCCUCUGAACGCGGAAGCGGCGACGCAGCCCUGGUGAGAGAACACGCUGGAUGUUCACUCAGCCCAGUCCCCAGCUCUGCUCUGCCCGUGACGUAGCUGCCGCGCCCGCUCGUGGGCGUCCACCCCGUCGGGGCCGGCAGAGCACGGCCACGCCAGACCACCCCGGAGAGCCGGUCCUCGGGCUCAAGGAGUGCGGGGGCGGCUGGGUCUCCCGGUUACAUUCUGGGUGAAAACUGAGUUUCCCUGUUACCUGUAGGGAACAAAGUAAGGUGCAGACUUUAAACAUUUGUCACAGAGGAAAGUACCGCUUAAUUUAGCGGGACAUUUCCACAAAGCAGUGCCCAAGAGCGUCCUGGGGCAGUUCUCGUCAGCGUGGUGGCAAAUGCCUCGGCCAGCCUGUCGUCACUUCCUGUCACUGUCUGUCCCCAACACGUGUGAGAAUAGCUGUACACUAAUGUUCUGGGAAUGAAAGGCACAGAACUUUUUUUUUUUUUUUUUAACAUUUGGUAACUAAAGUAGGUUAUGGGCUCUACAUUCUCUACUACUUAAGGUCUAUAUUUAAUUUUCUUAAAUUCCUUUUAAAGCAACUUAAUUUUAUGGUUUUGGUUUCAGGCUGAAACAUUUAGAGUCUGCACAGCAGCAGGUUCUCUGUUUUGCCAGCUCCUUUGCUGUCUCGUAAUCAACUAACUUCGAAUGUGGACUUUGGUGUCAAGUAUGCAUGUUAUUACUUUUAUGUGUAUUUAAUCAUGAAGUUUAAUUUUGCACACUUAUUUGUAA